UUACUUUUUCCAAACAUUAGCUUGAAUUUCUAGUUGAUAAUUUACUAGUUAAUUAGGGUUUAGGAAUAGUUUCCGUUUCCAAAAUUUCAACUUUUAAAGCUAUUCAUACCAAUUCUAUUGUGGUGGUUUGGUAAGGGAGAGCCUAAAUUUCUGCACAAGCCAUUGUCUGUUAAAGGUUUUUGGGUUGUGUUGGAACUUGGAAGUUUGGCUUUUGAAUAUCGACAUGUGAAGUUCAAGUCAAUAAUGACCGUCUUACAUGCCAAUGUUUGCCAUGUUCUUGUUACGUACCAUGAAUUGCCAUGAAACUAACGAAGGAAUAAGUUUUGGAUUAGUUUUUGUCUGUCGUGUCAUGCAAUCGUUGCAUGAGCUAAUUGCUUUCUCACCACUAGCAAACAAAUACCCAGUGUCGGGCCUUCUUUAUGCGGUCCUUUAACUGUUAGGAUUCCUGACCUGGAGCAAUAAAUGAGAACAUGGCAAUGCGCCAACCAGGAGGGGUUGGUUCAAUCGGUCAAGUUGUGCCCUCAUAGCAAGAGGUUUCUGGGUUUGAGCACUUACGACCUCUCGUUAGUGCUAUUCAAAAUACAAGUUCAUCCACGAGACGAGCAGGGUCGUUCAUUGUUUGGGCUUCCGGAUAGGAGCGAGAGAAAGGUUCGUUCCAGCUUCCAUAUUACAAGUGGAAGUAAAAAGCCGAAAACAAUUGGGGUAGGCAAGAGGUGCUGUCAAGUUGGAAUAAGACACUACUAUAAGACCCAGUUUUCAUUCAUGUGAAGGAGAGCAUCUGUCACAUUCUGGUAACUAAAAGCUUGCUCCUCAUUCACUUUCAGUUUCAGCCACAUGGAUUUGGCGUUCCCUUGAUGUUUUUCUUCGUCGAUUCGUCUAGGUCAAAUAAUUUUUAUAAGGUAAAAUGAAAAACAAAAACAAGAGAUUCAAAUCCUUCCAAUUGCCAACGACUUGGGUCUCAAAUUCAUAAGUAGUUUAUGUAACUUGGUAUUUCAAGUUUGUAAGCGACGUUGCUUAUUAUUGAAAUGAUUGUAAUUUUCCAACUAAUUUCAAGAUGCCCUCUUUCGUUUUCCUUCCUCUAAGACCGAGCAAAAAUAUCUCACAUCUGUGUACUUAAAUUGUAGAGAAUGAGGAAAGAGAGUGUGUACACGUGAAACUUCUUUUUUUUUUUUAUUUAAUUUUUAAUUUUUUAUUAGAUAAAAUUUGUAAAAAAAAAUCAAUGAAAAUAAAAAUGAUAAAAAAAUUUGUAUGAUUUAUAUUUGCACUAAUACAAAGGUACAUUUUAAAAAAGUAAUCAAGAUUGGAUCAAUUUAUAAAUAAAUUUAAAGUAUUAUAUCCCGUCUCAA